GCGGCCGGCCUCUUUCGUCGCGAGAAGAAGCCGCUGGGGGCGUCUGCGCGGACGAACGGAAGUGUAGGUGACGGUCUGAGACAUCGCCGCCAAGCUGGGAACCGGGGAGAUGGCCGAGACUGACCCCAAGACCGUGCAGGACCUCACCUCGGUGGUGCAGACACUCCUGCAACAGAUGCAAGAUAAAUUUCAGACAAUGUCUGACCAGAUCAUUGGAAGAAUUGAUGACAUGAGUAGUCGCAUCGAUGACCUGGAGAAGAACAUCGCAGACCUCAUGACCCAGGCUGGGGUGGAAGAACUGGAGGGUGAAAACAAGAUCCUUGCCACACAGAAGAGUUGAAGGUUGUGAAUUCACACUGAAAUCCGGAACACCAUUUUUAUAAGCCAAGACUGAACGGCUUUUUGCAACUAACAACUCUGUGUAGACAGGUUUUGUAUGACAAGGUGUGCGUUCUUCUUGUCACAUCUUAUAUAGUUAGUUUAUAGAGUGGUCCCCAUGCCCCCCAGUUUCUUCAACAUGGUGACUUCUCAUCCUGGACCUUGGUCAGUUGUGCUAUUAAAUAUUAAACACUAAAACUUUGGCGGUUCCUGCAUAAAAUUGUCAAAUUUUUUAGUGUAUUUUUGUGAAGUCAUUUUUUUUUCUAUCAUUCCUUUUGUAGUGGUUGCUGUUUGAUAAAAGUUUUGCUGUGUAAUUUUUUUAUUAGCCAUGUAGUGGAUCCUUCUAUUAUAAUUAGAUUUGGUGAAGUAAGGCCUUUACGGAAUUUAGGGUUCGUUAAUUCUCAGCACAGAGUAACUGCUGAGCUGACACCAAAUAAUGUGUUGUGAUACUUUUCAAAUGGUUGAAAACGUUUGGAAAUUGUUUAUUCAGAAAUAUCUGGCGCUACUCUGUUGCCAAAACUCAGAAUGAACUGCAAUUUUAUGUCUUAAGUCCCCGAGGUCAGAUGCUAUAGUCAUGAAAAGUAACCACUGGCACCUUCGUGUGUUAGGAUUUUUAAAUUUGGAGAGUGACAGCCUUGCCUGGUGGAACGAGGCAUCGUUAGUUAGAGUAUCCUGCUGGGUCCCUACAGUGUUCGUCCACAGUAGUCGCCAUAGAAAAUCUGGCAGGAUUUUAAAACUCCAUUACUCCAUCUUGUCUUUGAGCUCCUGACUGGGCAAAGAUACGGAAAAGGAAGACAGACCAGAUUAAGUCCGUGCCACUUGCUUAGCUGGAAAAUGAUACGUGACUUGUUGUAGGCUCAAGUUUGAAAGAAACACUAUUUCUUUAAAGUCUUUCUUACCUAAAUUCUUGCGGAGUGAUGGUUUUACUAUUGAUUGUAGAAGAUAGGGACAGUAACUGGUGCCGUUCAAAAGUGCAGUGUCAGGAGAGCUCAGCCUAGAGGCCAAUAUUGACUGUGGAGGAGCCCCGUGUGAUUGUCACAGCAAAGUGAGUUUGUAUACAAAAAACGGGAAAAUUGAGAAAGGGUGUAGCGCUUCCUAGAGGGAACCCCUUAAUGAACACAGCGUCAUUUUUUUUAAGGUUCCUAUAUCACCAGUCUUGAUUGAUUGUAUUGCAAAUAUGUAAUAAUAUUAAGAAAUAAUUUAUCCUAUUUAUAAAUUAUUUGAGACACAGGGGAGUAAGUUUCCUCUGGGACAAGAAGAAUUAACCGCUGUUAUUACCCAGCUGCAGAAACUCCUCUGCUCGGGCCGUGGGUUGUGCUGCAAGGUUAGCUCUGCGAGCCCGAGCUGGUGCUGGACUCGAACCAGCUGCGUGAGGCCUGGAUGCAGGAUGCUCGCGAGCUCAGUAAAUGGCAAGUGGGAAGAUAGCGUUGCUGUCAGGAUAGUCGGACUUGGAGAGGAGCCGGCUUCCUUAAGUAACAGAAAGAUUCCAGAGGCAGGCUGCCCUGACCAAAAAUAUCUGCCAUGAAUAAAGGUGCCUGAAAUCCUG